GAGUUAAGCAUCGCUGUCCGGAGCUUGGGGAGAAGGGACGUAACUACAUUUGUAUUUCCGGUAGAAAAUAAACAAAGUGAAGCGUGGAAGAGAAGCGGUUCUCGGAAUUGAAAUGAAUGUCCGAGGCCCGGUACCAAUGGGUCCAGAUGUGUUUGCAUCACCUGAGACUGAGGAGCAGCAGAGAAUCCGAUUUCAGGUGGAGCUGGAGUUUGUCCAAUGUCUGGCCAAUCCCAACUACCUCAACUUUCUAGCCCAGCGUGGCUACUUCAAGGAGAACUACUUCAUCAACUACCUGAAGUACCUGCUGUAUUGGAAGGAGCCCAAGUAUGCCAGAUACAUCAAAUACCCACAAUGCCUCCACUUCCUGGACCUGCUACAGUAUGAACACUUCCGCAAGGAGCUUGUCAACGGUCAGUGUGCCAAGUUCAUCGAUGACCAGCAGCUGCUACAUUGGCAGCACUAUCAGCGGAAACGGAUGUCGCUGCUCCAAGCUCAGGCCGACCAGGCCGCUGCAAGGGGAGAUAAGCCAAUACCAUGAUGUCCAAGGGCUGUCCAAGACCACGCGGAUGGCCAAACCUUUAACACCCACUGCCGAGCUCAACCAAACUGUUAUCAAUGCAGCCAAGUUUUUUAAAGGGCAGUUGCAUUCAUAGGGCAUAAGAUGCUGCAAGGGAGAUAACCCAUGUGGCAUUCCAUGGAUAUCAAAAGACAUUAUUCGAGUAUGGUUGUAUUGCCUUUACAUACCACUGAGCAAAGGGAGACUAUCCAUGUCAGGAUCUGUGCAAAUUAUGACUUGUGACAGGACACACAUGACAGUAGGUGUGUGCCAAACCUGUCGGAACUUAAGUCGGAUGUUCUCAUUGGUUUUGCUAUGGAACCCGAUUUACCAAGCAUGUAUGUAGCAUGCGGUGUAGUGUAUGUCAAGUCAAGAUGAUUUGAUGUGGCAAGAGACUGUGUGCACCAAUUUGCUUAUGUGUAUGAUCCAACUUUUGUGUUAUGCUAUGAAUCAGAUGUUCUCUUUUUGUAUAAAUUUGUAUUCAGGGAGAAUCUUUAUAAAUCUUGACUUUUUGAAAGAC